AUGGCACAACCACCACCCCCCGGUGUCUACGUCCCCGUCCCAACAUUCUUCCUCCCACGCUCUUCCUCCUCCUACUCCUCCAUCGCCUCACCCCUAGACACACAAACCCAAGCAGCGCAUUCCAUCCAUCUCGCUCGUUCAGGUAUCAAGGGAUUAGUAGUCUUAGGUAGUACAGGUGAAGCAGUACAUCUUUCUAAUGAAGAGAGAUAUACGGUAUUGAGGGGUUGUAGAGAUGCGUUGGAUAAAGAGGGAUUUGCGGAUGUGGGCAUUAUUGCUGGGACGGCGAGUCAGAAUAUUCACGAGGUGGUGGGACAGUUGGUUGAGGCGGGACGGGCGGGUAGUGCGUGGGGAUUGGUGCUUGUGCCGGGGUAUUUUGCGGGGGCGAGUACGCAGGAGGGGAUUAUUGAGUGGUUCAAAGCCAUAGCAAACCAAAGUCCCAUCCCAAUCAUGAUAUACCAUUACCCAGGAGUAUCCAAUUCCGUGCGAGUCACACCUCAAACCUUCACCACCCUCGCCUCUCACCCCAAUAUCGUCGGUUGCAAACUUUCCCACGGUGAUAUAUCCCAUCAUGCACAAAUCGCACUAUCUCCUCACAUAAACCACGCACAUUUCCACACUUUCACCGGAUUAGGCCAACAAUUACUCCCAGCCAUAAGUAUAGGUUGUAAAGGCACUAUCGACGGUACGGCGGGCUUUUUCCCGAAAAGUGUUGUGCGUCUUUAUGAGUUGAGUGUUAGGGAGGAUGUAUUAACGGGGGAAGAGAAGAAGGAGAGAAAUUUGUUGCAGUGGAAGUUGAGUGGGAUAGAGGAAAUUGUGGUGAGGUUUGGUACGGUGGGUAUUAAGGAGUGUGUGGCUAGGAUAUUGGGGUUCGGGGAGAGGGACGGGACGAGGUUGCCGCUUUUGGGGGGAAUUCCUGGGGGUGAUGGGGAGUGGGAGAGGUGGAGGGGGGUUAUUGGGGAGUUGGAGGUGGUGGAGGGGAGUUUGUAG